CUCCCCGACCCGGCGGGAGAGCGAUAAAGCUAUCCCAUUGCCAUAUCCCACCAGGCACCAGAUUAUCCAAACGCCUUUUUCUAUUGCCAGCUUCAACUUCGACUCGUAUCUUUAAACCACUCUGCAAAACAACUUCAGUUCUUUGAUUCUAAUUUCUACGUUCCGGUCGAUGUUUACAGGAGAAAGAGCAUUACAGAUAAAUGCAAAUUUUCACCAUUUCCAACCUUUUUACCAUUCUCUCCCACUUAAACAUGUCUCUUCGAACUUUUCUUUCAGGAGCAGUCAAUCUCUCCGUAGCUUCCACUGUUUUCGUCUUCUACAUUUAAGCCAUAACUUAAUUUUCAAGGCUGUUGAAGCAAAGGAUUCUGAAAGGAUGGAAGCGGGAUAUGGUGGGUUUUCGGGGACUGGAGAUUGUGAUUUACCAGUGGAGCUCUGCCAGACACGCACACUGCCUCCUGCACUGACGCUUGAACACGGCGUAAUUGCUAUUAAAGAAGCUAUAGAAAAGUUGAAGACGAACCCGCCUUGCUCUAGAAGCGGCGUGUUGAGAAUACAGAUUGCAGUGCCUGUGAGUACGAAGGCUUUGAGUUGGUUAUGCAGUCAGCCAAAAUCUUUGAGGGUAUUUCCUCAAUUCUAUCUUUCUGAAACAAAGUUGAAAAAGGUAGUGGUUGAACCUGUUACAACAGAAGCAGGGUGUGGAGUUUCUGGAAUUGGGACUGCAGUCUACUUUACUGGUCCUUGUAUUACAGAGAUAUGGAAUUCAAUAAAAAGAUAUACUUCAGUUGAUUCACCCUUGAUAAGGGCUUAUGGGUUCAUAGGUAUCAAUUAUGAUGCUGAAUCAUAUUCUUUGAAGCAUGAGUCUGAUUCAUUCUACAUUUUUAUCCCUGAGAUUGAGCUGAGCGAGUUUGCAAGUUUUUCUAUCUUAGCAAUAACAUUGGCCUGGAAUGGACUUCUUUCCUUUCCAUUCGAGAAAGCAGUUCAGUCUGUUGAGUUUUCUAUCGACCAGAUCAUUCAUCAUGCUCGACCAUCCUUGGACUCCUACAACAAAUGGAUAAGCCUUAUUUGUGGAAAGUCUAGUUUUGUGGACUCGAGGAAUUCUCAAAUGGUAUACAUUGGUGCACAUUCACUUGCUGGUACAAUUUCCGGAUCUAAUCACUUGCAAUUGGAAGAUUGUCUAGCUUCUUCUCAGUUCUAUUUCAGGUUAUCGGCAACCAUUGCAUUUACGAAUUACAUGAAUGAUGCUUCCAGUCAUUUGAGUUUUUCAGUGCAAGAUUAUGCUAACAUCAAUGCUCUUUGGGCCUCACUGAUAAUUGAAGAAUGUACACGGCUUGGUUUAACUUACUUCUGUAUAGCCCCAGGAUCAAGAUCAUCUCCUCUUGCAGUUGCUGCUUCCAGUCAUCCCCUUACAACAUGUAUUUCAUGUUUUGAUGAACGUGCCCUUGCAUUUCAUGCUGUUGGAUUUGCAAAGUCAUCUUACAAACCUGCUGCUGUCAUAACUUCAUCCGGCACUGCUGUCUCCAAUCUUCUUCCAGCAGUUGUUGAAGCUAGUCAAGAUUCCAUACCACUUUUACUGCUCACAGCUGAUCGGCCUCCAGAACUGCAAAAUGCUGGGGCAAACCAGGCAAUCAACCAGGUCAAUCAUUUUGGCUCAUUUGUUAGGUUUUUCUUCAGUCUCCCCCCACCUACUGAUCAUAUUCCUGCAAGGAUGGUACUUACAACAAUUGACUCUGCUGUUCAUUGGGCAACCCAAACACCACAGGGUCCUGUACAUAUUAAUUGUCCCUUUAGGGAGCCCUUGGAAGAUAGUCCAAGAGAUUGGGCACAAAGCUGUUUGAAAGGACUAGAUCCAUGGAUGUCAAGAAUAGAACCAUUUACUCAGUACAUCACUAUGAAACGCAAUCAUGCAUGCAACAUUAGUGCUGAUCUUGCAGAGGUUCUAGAAGUAAUUAAAUGUGCUAACAAGGGGCUUUUGAUAAUUGGCGCUAUCAACACAGAAGAUGAGAUGUGGGCUGCUCUUCUCUUGGCCAAACACCUUUUCUGGCCAGUUGUACCCGACAUUUUGUCUGGUCUUCGUCUGAGAGAACUUUUGACUUCGUUUCCUGAAAUUGAAAAGAAUUUUCUAUACAUGGAUUAUCUGGAUCAUGCUCUUCUCUCAGAUCCUACCAUGGCUUGGCUGCAACCAGAUGUAAUCAUUCAGAUAGGUAGCAGGAUAACAAGCAAACGCAUUGCUCAAAUGCUGGAGAUCUGCUCUUCAUGUUCAUAUAUUAUGGUUGAUAAGCAUCCUUAUCGUCACGAUCCUUCUCAUAUUGUUACUCAUCGAAUUCAAAGUACCAUAACUGAAUUUGCAGAUUCUUUAAUUGGAGUUCAUUUGCCUAGAAAGACUAGCAAAUGGAGCAUGUUCUUGCAAGCAUUAAAUAAGAUGGUUGCAUGGGAGAUUUCUUUUCAAAUUUGUUCCGAGUAUUCCUUGACUGAACCUCAUGUUGCACAAGUAGUUACAGGAGCACUUUCUUCUGAUGCUGCUUUAUUUGUUGGGAACAGCAUGGUCAUACGUGACGUGGACAUGUAUGCUCAGGGUUGGGUAAAUUCUACCUCUGAUGCUGCAUCAAGAAUGCCAACCUGUAAUUUGCUAUGCCGGGGAAUACAAGUGGGUGGUAACAGGGGGGCAAGUGGUAUUGAUGGAUUGCUUAGCACAGCUAUUGGAUUUGCGGUAGGAUGCAAUAAGCGAGUGCUUUGCUUGAUUGGAGAUGUAUCCUUUCUUCAUGAUACAAAUGGAUUGGCACUUCUUAAUCAAAGGAUAAGGAGAAAACCCAUGACAAUUGUUGUUGUGAACAAUCAUGGUGGCGCAAUUUUUAGGCUUCUUCCAAUUGCAGAUAGAACUCCACCAAGUGUUCUAAGUCAGUACUUUUACACAUCUCACAAUGUUUACAUCAGCAAGCUGUGUGAAGCACAUGGUUUGAAGCAUUUACACGUUCAGACAAAAAUGGAGUUACAACAUGCUUUGUUGACAGUUGAACAUGCACAGGCUGAUUGCAUCAUUGAAGUUGAAAGCUGCAUUGAGGAUAAUGCCAUCUUCCACAGCAUUUUAAGAAAUUCUUCUCGUCAAGCAGCUGAUCAUGCUCUAAGGAUCCUUUCAAGGAUUCCAGAUCAUAGUUCUAGUCAUUUAUGCCUUGGCAAGAUUCAUAAACUGGAAUACUCUUCAUACAGGAUUCAACUUUCUGCUCCACCUACUUCAAUUCACACCACUUGUGGAUCUGGAAAGUUCUAUAGAGAAGGUUUCAUCUUAACCCUGUUCUUGAAUGAUGGAAGCAAAGGGUUUGGCGAGGUUGCACCUAUGGAAAUCCACAAAGAAAAUCUGGAAGAUGUCGAGGAGCAACUUCGAUUUAUAGCUCAUAUGAUCCAAGGAGCUAAGAUGAGUUAUCUUCUACCUUUACUAAAGGGUUUCCUUUCUUCUUGGAUAUGGAGAAGCUUAGGAAUCUUGCCAAAUUCAAUCUUCCCAAGUGUGAGGUGUGGCUUGGAAAUGGCACUCCUAAAUGCAUUGGCAGCAGGACAGGAAUGUUGCCUAUUGAAUUUACUUGGAUGUGAAAUUUCAUCAAAAGAGGAUGAAUCAUUAAAGAAAGAUGGAAUAAUAAGAAGUUCUUCAGGAGUUCAAAUAUGUGCUCUUUUAGAUUCUAGUGGCACUCCUGAAGAGGUAGCCAAUAUUGCAGCUAAACUAUUUGAAGAAGGUUUCACCACAAUUAAGUUGAAGGUUGCACGUCGGGCAAACCCCCUUGAAGAUGCUGCUGUUAUCAGAGAAAUUAGGCAAAAGAUUGGGCACCAAGUCAAACUCCGGGCUGAUGCUAACAGAAAAUGGACGUAUGAACAAGCAAUUCAAUUUGCAUCUUAUGUGAAGUGUUGUGACUUGCAGUACAUUGAGGAACCUGUGGAUUCUGUAGAUGACAUUAUCAAGUUCUGUGAAGAAACUGGUUUACCUGUUGCACUGGAUGAAACUAUUGACAGUAUGCAAGAAGAUCCUGUUGAUAAGCUUUCAGAGUUCGUGCAACCAUGUAUAGUUGCUGUUGUGAUCAAACCAAAUGUUGUGGGAGGAUUUGAAAAUGCAGCACUGAUUGCUAAAUGGGCUCAGAAACAUGAUAAGAUGGCAGUUGUCAGUUGCGCAUUUGAAAGCAGCCUUAGUUUGUCAGCAUAUAUUCAGUUUGCACGUUAUCUUGACCAGCAGUAUGUUGAAAUAUGUAAAGUGAAUAACAAGGACCCAAGCUCAAGGAUAGCUCAUGGUCUUGGGACAUAUCAAUGGCUUAAAGAGGACAUAACUACCCAAAAACUCAAGAUUUGUGUUCAUCCACAUCGCAAUAGUGUAGAAGCAUCUAUUGAAGAUGCUGCUCAGCUCCUUCAGAGUUUUCAAAUCAAUCAUGAAACCAUCCAAAGAAGUUAUAGUGGAGAGAAAGUUCGGUCAUAUUAUUUGACAGUUAGUUGUCAGGACUUAUCCUGUUCCCUUAAAGUGCGAGAUGCUGGAAGAAGUUUAGAUGAUAAGGUAAUAAUUUUUCUUCAUGGCUUUCUUGGGACUGGUGAAGAUUGGGUACCCAUAAUGAAGGCCCUUUCAGCUACUGCACGAUGCAUUUCAAUUGAUCUUCCAGGUCAUGGGGGAUCACUGUUACAAAUUGGUCCUCAUAAAGAAGCAAAAGUAGAACCAGGUAUUUCAAUUGAAGUACUUGCAGAUGUAUUGCAUAAUCUGAUUCAAGAUAUUACUCCUGGAAAGGUUCUCCUUGUUGGAUACUCCAUGGGAGCAAGGAUUGCAUUAUAUAUGGCCCUGAGAUGCAACAAGAAGAUCAAUGGGGCUGUCAUAAUAUCAGGAAGUCCUGGAUUGAAGGAUGUGGAAAAUAGGCGAAUUCGUACAGCUGAAGAUGAUGCAAGAGUACAGUACCUUUCUGUGCAUGGCUUGCCAUCCUUUCUGGAUAUGUGGUAUGCUGGAGGACUUUGGAAUAGCUUACGUAAUCAUCCACAUUUUGAACAUAUAGUUGACCACCGUGCACAGCAUGAUGAUGUUCACUCUCUUGCAAAUGUCCUGUCCAGUUUAAGCAUUGGGAAGCAACCGUCCUUGUGGGAAGACUUGAAGCAAUGCAAGAGGCCCCUCCUGUUCAUUGUGGGGGAGAAGGAUCAAAAGUUCAAGGAAAUUGCUCGGCAAAUGCACAAUGAGAUAAGCCAUGGAUUGGGAAACAAAGAUAACAAACACAAAAUAAUCCAUGAUAUUGUUGAGGUUCCCAAGUGUGGUCAUGCUGUUCAUGUGGAAAGUCCCCUUCAUGUGAUCAGUUCUGUGAGAAAAUUCCUGAGAGACUUGGAAGAGAGAGAAUCCUGAUCAAUCCUAAAAGCUAGCUUCCAUUGGUCUUUUGCUAACUAGUCCUGGUUGUUUUGGAUGGAGAAAGGGCCUAUGCUAGUGCUACACAUGUUAAAACAUUAAACUUUGCACCUACACGGCAUCCAGAAAUAAAAUAUCCAUUUUGGUCUCAAGACUCUCAGUCUCAACUACAAAAAUCUUGCUUGGCUGCAUCCUUGGAUUUCGUUAGCCCUAAUUUACAUGUUGGACCAACAGUCUUUGGGGAGGGCCUUCUUGGGUGCCUAUAUACAUUCCCACCGGUGUACAUGAGAAGAGCCUUGUAUGUUGUGACUGAAUUUUUAUGAAGGUCGUACUCUACUUUAAAUGACCACAAACUGACCUUGGAUAAGAGUGGCAAUUCCUUCGGUUUUUUAAAAUCGAGUAGACAUAAUUUUAUUUUUCGCAAUAAAUGUUAGUUCUAUUUGUCUUGUUGCGUAUGUGAUUAUCAGAAGGUUCUACCAUAAUAUUCUAUUACUGAAUUACAUGUAUUUUAUUUUAGAGUUCAACUAUGAUAUGGAAAAGACAUGAUAUCUGAAA